AUGAGAGCGUGUGAAGUUGGGGUCAGCCUCGAUCACGCAUCAUGCGUGGAGCUCGUAAAUUCUUGCAGCAACCUCUCCAUGGUACGCUUUGCCCACUCCAAAGUCCGCCACCUCCUUGGCACCCACAUUUACCUCUCAAACAGGCUCCUCGAAAUGUAUGGAAAAUGCGGCAGUGUUCACGAAGCCCGCCUCGUUUUCAACACCAUUUCCACAGGGAAUGUCUACACUUGGUCUCUCAUGCUAUCAGCAUAUGCCCGAAACGGGCAUAUUGAGGACUCCAAACAGAUAUUCGAUGCCAUGCCGCAGAGGGAUCUCGUGGCGUGGACUACGCUCCUUGUGGCAUAUACCCAAAGAGGGUAUUUACAAGACGCCGAGAAGGUGUUUGACUCUAUGCCCGAGCUGGACCUCGUUACGUGGAAUGCCAUGCUGACGGGGAAUGCCCACAAUGGGCACUUGCAAGGCGCCUUGCUGGUAUUUCAAAGCAUGCGCGAGAAGAACCUUGUGUCGUACAAUGCUAUGCUGGCGGCGUACGGACAGAACGGGAAUCUCUUUCAGGCGAGGAGGAUAUUUGAAGAGAUGCCAAACCGCGACCUUGUUUCAUGGAACACAAUGCUAGCGGCAUGCGCUCAAAGCGGGGAUUUGGAAUCUGCGAAGAUAGUAUUUGACUCUAUGAAGGAAAGAAAUCUAGUUUCCUGGACAACAAUUCUUGCGGCAUAUGCCCAAAAUGGGCAUCUGCAAGAUGCCGUGAAACUCUUUGAUCGUAUGAAGGAGCACGAUCUCAUCGCCUCCAACGCAAUGCUCUCUGGGUUUGCACUUAACGGCCAGCUCCAACAGGCUAGAGGAAUAUUUGAUCAGAUGGGCGAGCGCAACGUUGUGUCCUGGAAUGCCAUGCUGACUGCGUGUGUGCAAAAUGGUGACAUGGGAGAGGCAAAGCGGAUAUUUGAUCGAAUGGAGGUACGAACGCUAGUGUCGUGGAAUGCCAUGCUGGCUGCAUAUGUUCAGGCAGGACAGUUGCCCAAAGCCAAAGAGCUCUUUCAGCAAAUGCCCGACAGGGAUCUCAUCUCGUGGAACGCCAUUCUCUCCAUGCACGCGUGGAAUGGUGACGUCGAAAGAGCAAGGGAGGUGUACGAAAGCCUCCACGAGAAGGACAUUGUCUCGUGUACGGCGAUGCUCAGUGUGUAUGCCCAGAACGGGCAUCUUGAGGAAUCUAAGCAGAUAUUUGACGGGAUACCCGAGUGGGACUUGGUAUCAUGGAAUGCGAUGCUGUCCUCGUAUGCCCAAAACGGAUAUCUUCAAGAUGCAAAGUUCAUGUUUGACGAAAUUCCCCAAAAGGAUCUCGUUUCCUGCAAUGCUUUGUUAGCGGCAUAUGCCCAAAAUGGGCAUCUUCUGGAAGCUAGGCGUGUAUUUAGCUGGAUGAUCGAAAGGGACAUUGUUUCGUGGAACGCUUUGCUUGCUGGAUAUGCCCAGAACGGACAUUCUUCCGAGGCACUGGAUUUGUUUGCCUCGAUGAAAAUGAGCGAGAUUCCUGAUGAGAUUGCUUUCACUUGCGCGUUGGUUGCCGCUAGUCAUGCUGGAGUGGUCUAUCCGGGUUGGUCUCUCUUUAUCGCUAUGAGAAUGGACUAUGGAUUGAUACCAAGCAAGCAGCACUACUGCUGCUUGAUUGAUCUCCUCUCGAGGGCGAGGUAUCUGGACCAGGCCGAAGAUCUUAUCACUCGCAUGCCUUUUGUUCCAGACGUUUACGACUGGACGUGCAUUCUGGCCUCUUGUAUCGAUCGGAAAGACGCUGAAAGGGGCGCUCGUGUGAGUGAAAGAGUUCUAAGUCUGGAUCCCCAAAAUGCCGCAGCGUUUGUUUUGCUGGCAAACUCUUUCUCGUUUGAUGAGACAAAACACCACUUGCAGAAUGCACUUAGGAGGUGGAAGCUUUCUCCUCGAAAGUUCUAA